CUAAUUCGUAACGAUUAUUUUGCUUUUGUUUUAUCGACUUUCAGAUUAUUUGUGUUAUUAAUUGCGAAAAUUUUGUGUUUUACACCUCUAAGACUUUAAAUGAAAUUAAUUUAGAUUCUGGGAUUUAUGUUGGAUUUCGAAUAAUUUGCAUACAAAGAAAACCAAAACAUGCCAAACCAGCACGUUAAGGAGAUUUUGGAAAAGCAGGAUAGGGAUCUAUAUGUUGCGGAACAGAAUUGCACCAAUCUAUAUGGAAUAGACGUAAAAAAUAAACAUCAAGAUCCUUUUUACAACAAAACUAGUCAAAGUUUUAUGUGCCCUCCAUUUUGGGACUCAAUUAUAUGCUGGCCGCACACGACAGCUGGUGAAAAGGCAGUUGUUUCAUGCCCCCCGUAUUUCACAGGUUUCAGAGAGGGCUACAAUGCAACUAGAACCUGCACAGAAAAUGGAACCUGGUAUGUGAAUGACUCAACACACGAACCAUGGGGUGAUUAUACAGCGUGUUCUAUAGGCAGCACGAUAACAAUCUUUAAAAAUGUCACCCAUCAACGGACUGAAAUUACAGAUAAAUAUGAAAAAUUGGUGCCAAUCAUCAAAGCUCUUUCUCAAACUGGUUAUGCAGUGUCUCUUGUAUCGCUAAUAAUAGCUUUCCUCAUUAUGUUGUUAAUAAAAAAACUUCAUUGCGCCAGAAAUAUACUCCAUAUGAAUUUAUUUGCGUCGUUUAUAUUCAGGGCAUUCUUUCAUAUAUUAAAAGAAAUACUGUUUGUGGAUGGUGUAGGUUUGACAAUAGAUUUUGUUGGGAAAAACGGCGAUUUAUACUUCAAAACUGAUUCUGAGGGGAAUAAUUAUCAAUGCAAAUUGCUGACAUCUUUUGUACAGUAUUUCACGUUAGCGAAUUAUUCUUGGAUUUUAAUGGAAGGGCUAUACUUAAAUAACUUAAUAUGGCGAGCCUUAUUUGCAGAUUCAAGCAGAAACUUAAUAUAUUACAUUUGCUUUGGAUGGGGUUUACCAUUUUUGGUGAUCAUACCAUGGAUUGUAACAAGAAUAUUUCUGGAUGACUCGAUGUGUUGGACUACCAAUGAUAAUUUAAAAGCUUACUUAAUAAUCGUUAUUCCUACAAUGAUAGCUGUUUUGAUCAACUUUGGACUCUUCAUCGUAAUAUCAGUGGUACUUUACACGAAAUUAAAAUCUCCUAUAUGCGAAGACACAAAGAGAUAUCAACGAUGGGCUAGAUCUACAUUAGUUUUAGUACCUCUAUUUGGCGUCCAUUAUUCAGUUUUGCUACUAUUUUACUUUACAGGAAAGACGGAUAUAUGGCUGAUAUGCGAUUCACUUUUUGGAAGCUUUCAGGGUCUAUUUGUGGCAGUUCUUUUCUGCUUUAUGAAUGGUGAAGUCAAAACGGAAUUAAAACCACACAUUUUGAAUAUGCUCAGCUAUUUUGCCACCCAUAGAGUUUUUGGAUUAUGCUUUCCUUGCAGAGAAAAAUUUUUGAGAUCAGCCGUGGGGAGGCACUCAGUUUGCACAACAUUGUCAUAUAGUUCGGUAUACGUUAAUGGACUGGGCCACAAAUCUAGCAAAACCAAAUUUGCAGAAAAAGGAAGGCAGCUCUCAAUUAUUGAAAAAGAGAAGUCUCAUUGUUGCGCUGGAAAGUCCAUGUGUGCCCACAAAAACGGACUAAAUGGCCACAGGCAUAUUUUAUCGUUAAAUGGAGAAGGACAACAGGCUGAAACGUCUCUAAUCUGCCUUGAACAGAGGCCCGAAAAAUGCAGAGUGGAUCCAAGCGCUACAGACGAAGAAAUAUGCAUGUUGACUUCGAAGAAAUGCUAAAGGAAUCGAGCGAUAUAACAAAUAUUUCCAUCAGGCAUAUCGCUGCAAACAGAUUUUAUACUUAUACAGGGUAUUAAAUGAGACAUUUCGUAGUAUAUUAUUUUAAAUAGACAAAUUUUACUUAAAAGUAUUAACACAAUUUGAAG